CCUAACUUACGUCACCUCCAAAAAUACAAAAUAGUGGGUACUUAAAGGAUUCCUGUUUCUUGCAUAAUUACAAUGGAAUUGGGAAAUUUUUGAACAUGUUCGCCGUGAAAUUGCUAAAAACUUGCAACACUAGGUUGUACAGUUCAAAAAAUUUAGUAUGUUACAGUUUUUCAAUACACAGUUCUUUAUUAAGUGAAAAAAGACAAUGCUAUCAUAAUAAAAGACAUUUUUCAUUGCAAUCCACUGUAGAAUCCGUGGUUAGGACUCAGUCUGGUAUUUUUAAAGCAAUAUCGGAGAGUGCUCCAGUAGAAUGUAUACAAAAAUCUUUAGUUACAAUACAUGACACCUCAGGUUUACCAUGGUGGGCCACUAUAGUUUGUACGACGAUUUUAUUUAGAACUAGCGUUACUUUACCGCUGGCAAUUUAUCAAAACUAUAUUAUGGCAAAAUUGGAGAAUUUGAAGCUGGAAAUGCCAUUGAUUGUUGAAGAGUUGAAAAGAGAGACUGCAAUGGCUAUUAAAAUGUACAAGUGGGAUGAAAAAAUGGCCAAAAUAACUUACAAUAGAUCUAUUAAAAAGCAGUGGAAUAAUUUGAUUAUCAGAGAUAACUGUCACCCAUUCAAAGCCAGUCUUUUGUUUUGGUUUCAAAUACCCAUGUGGAUAUCAUUUUCAGUCAGCCUGAGAAAUUUGGUGUAUGUUUUACCUGAAAGAACAUUUCAAGCUCAAAUGACGUUUACCGAACUAACUUUAGGGGGUUUUGGAUGGAUUCCAAACUUAAUUGAAGUUGAUGCUUCAUGGAUUUUCCCUGUUGCUCUUGGAAUCAUCAAUUUAGCUAUUAUAGAGAUUCAAAGUUUAUCCAGGGUUAAUCCUCCAAGUAAAUUUCAAAAUUUUAUUACAAACCUAUUUCGUGGUUUCAGUAUUAUAAUGAUUCCUAUUGGUGCCUCUGUCCCUUCUUGCCUAGUUUUGUAUUGGACAACUUCAAGUACAUAUGGAUUAAUACAGAAUUUAGUUUUAAUGUCUCCAAAAGUAAAAAGAUUUUGUAGAAUACCAAAAACAGAUAAAGAACUAAAAAACCCAUACAAACAUGUCAUUAACAAAUUUCAAGAAAAAUACACAUUCAUUUCUGGGGUAAAUAAAGUUACUUAAAUAAAAUAUAAACCAGAACUAUUUGUUUUUAUUGUGUUGGUAACAUUUCCAUAAUUCCUACCCCAUUACUACUUAUUCAGAUAUGUGUCCAUUAGGGUGUCC